CCUUACGCAAGGUGCAUGGUGGGCGUUGGUGGAGCUCCAGUAUAAAGAGCCACUCCAGAUCCUCUUCUUCCCCACAGUCUGACUGCAGGACCUUCAAAGCUAAAAAAAUGAGCAGAAACUAUUUGACCCGAUUUGAUGAGCUUCGCAGGGGAGACUACCUGAUGUCCAACAACGGAGAAUGGAAGGCAGUCUUCCAGGGUGAUGGAAACUUUGUCAUCUAUGGCUGGAAGCCUGUGUGGUCUUCAGACACCAGUGGCACUGAUGUGAUCCGCCUGGUCAUGCAGGAAGAUUGUAACCUGGUCAUGUACAACAAAGAGGGUGUUGGUAGAUGGGUCAGCAACACGCAUCGGUCUGGCGAUAGCUAUUCCCGGCUUCACCUGUCCGAUGAAGGCAAAUUGCAUAUUUACAAUGGCCCCGACGAACUGUGGAACUCUACCCAAUCCAGCGGGGUAAAAGGCUAGAAACAAUUAAAUGUAAUCUUUAAGUCAAGAUCUGAUACUUAAAACUGCUUUAAUCUCAAAAUUGAGGAAAAUUGUAUUCUAUUAAUCUAACCAAUGAAUUGUUUUGACCUAACAAUUUUUUAUUUUGUCUUUCACUAUAUACCACAAUGUAAUUGUCAACAGCUUGCUAAGAAAAUCAUUACUCUCUCUUACUUUCUCUGCCUUGUAAACGGCCUUGUUUCUACAUUAUUAAAGUGGAAAUAACUUUUUAAAAGAGCCAAAACCUAAAGAGAAUCAGGCUCGCUUAAACAAAUGAAAUGAAUGGCUAUGAAGAAAUUAAAGUUGGUUUAAAACUGUU